UUGCAGCUAUUCAAAACAUAUGUCAUUAAAAGCAAAACCCCUAAGUUCCAAAGUUUUUAUGUCAUUAUCAACAAGACUGAUUAUUUAUAAGUCACAGGCCAAGAACUAACAUUAUUAUUUUUGAAAACACAUUUGUUACCUUGCAAAGGUAAAAACUUAAAACUAUUGUAACACCAAAAAUGAAACGGUCAUAAGAUGGAGUCACAAAGCUCUGGGCAUUCUGUUUCCCAUGAACAGUGAUGUCAUAAUGUCAUACUGAGUCUUAGAGCCGGCUGGGCCACAAGAAGGAAGCCCUGAGGAGACAAGUAGAUUGCUGGAUAAAUCACAUCAAUUUCCCAAUGGAUUUUAUAUUGUUUAUCUUUUUGUCUGGGAUUUUCCUCCCAGACAUCAGCAAUCUACAGUUGGAUAUAGAACAGGAAUCUGAUGUGAUGCCUUCAGAUGAAGAACAGUAUUAUUCAGAUGAUGAAAAUCUGGGCAAUGAUGCCCCUGUUCAUGAAGAUGAAAAAAAUAUAGAUGCUAAUACUGUUAAAUCAGAAGAAAAUGAAAACGGUGCUCCUGCUAAUGAGAAAACUGGCAAUUACUACAAAGACAUAAAACAAUAUGUGUUUACCACACCAAUUAUAAAUGGCACGGAAUCUGAAAUAUCUGUAAGAGCCACAACUGACCUGAAGUUUGCUCUGAAGAACUAUAAAUUCUUCAAUGCAACUACAGCUGAAAAAUCUAUUGGUGAAGAUGAAGACAAAUCUAAUGAACCCACUCAUAAAAAUAUUCCAACAUCAACCCCCAAUGUGCCUGCAUUUUGGACAAUGUUAGCUAAAGCUAUAAAUGGAACAGUAGUGACAUUGGGUGAUAAAGAUCAAUUCUUUCAAGCAAUUCCAGGCUCUGACUUGAACACUACCAAUGAAGACAAACUAUCAGAGCUAGAGGAAAUCAAGCUCAGAUUAAUGCUGGGAAUCUCACUGAUGACCUUAAUCCUUUUAAUUCCCCUCUUGAUAUUUUGUUUUGCCACACUGUACAAACUGAAACAUAUAAGUGACAAAAAUUAUGAAAGUCAAUACUCUGUCAACCCAGAGUUGGCAACUCUGUCUUACUUCCACCCGUCAGAAGGUGUAUCUGAUACAUCUUUUUCGAAAAGUGCAGAGAGCGGCUCGUAUUGGGGCAACGCUUCUUCAGACUUGAGACGAGUUAACACAAAAAGGUCAAGAUCUAAAACGAUAGAUUAUCCUGCACCCUCCGACCAAACGCUCUUAGCAGAUGACCCAGCUUUCUUUAAUCCGGAGCAGUCAUCCUUCUUUCCUCCCCAGGAGGAGGCGUCAGCAACCUUCCUUCCUCCCGGGGAACUGGAUGAGCAAUCUGCCAGUGAGAAUUUCCCUGUUGAGGCAAUGGCUGAAGAGCAUAUGGUGGAUGUGGAACUCAGUGAGGAACAUAUUGUUGAAGAACAAGUAAACAUUGAGUAAAUAACUUUAGUUCUUUGGUUAUAUAUAUUUUUUUUUUAAAAAAAGAUCUUUGUGUCUCACAUAAACAUCCUAAUUUUGGAACUGCAAAUUUCAGAGACAUCUAUGUUUUCUUAUGUCCUUAAGGGCGUAUUCAAUAAAAACUAUCCCAGUUAUUAUUUGUUAUAAGAGUUAUUUAAAAGAAAAUGUACAAGGAAACAACUUAAGGGAAACUCAAAUAAAAACAAUGCUCGAGACCAAGUUACGAAAGGUAUUCACGACUCUAAGUGAUAGACCACUUGAAUAGCUUUCCUGACACCACCUUGGUGCCAUCAAUCCACCCAUCCAUUGAUCAAUAAAAAUCCAUACUGAGGUGGCUCAUCUUUAAAUGAGGGCAUUUACAUCUUUACCUUUACCUGUGCCUGGUACUACUAUCUACAUCAAGGCUAAAACAUCUGGCUUGUUUCAUCAGAUAAAAAGUGGUACCAACAAUAGACAAAACUAAGUUAGUGAUAGAAACUGCUAGCAUUCUUGAGUUGUUUUGAAGUUAUGCAGCUGCUCUCAUCAGUAAGAAAAACAUUGCCAGCAAGAUAGUUCUGCUGGGGAAAGCGCUUGCCAUACACAAGCCUGACAACCUGAGUUGGAUCCCUGGAAUGCACAGCGGAAAGAGUGAACCAUUACUCAACUCCUGCUUGUCCUCUGACCUCUCCAGGCAUACGGUGGUAGGGGUUCAU